AUGAAAACACCUACUUCCUUGUUCUGUCUGUUCGCUCAGACCAGCUAUCUCCUCUGUCUCUGGUCAUCAUAUGCUCUGAUUCAAGGGGUGGCGGCUUCCAGGCAUGACCCCGUAGGUGUGGUAUAUGAGGCGGCUGCGGCGCCACCGUUGGGAAGACGACAGGAUCUUCAGUCCUUUGCGGGGACGUUGGGUGGUGCCGCGCCUGCGGUGACGAGCACCGGGGAUGCUGAGAGACCGUACGGUGUUGAUGGAAACACUUUUACGGAUUUCGAGUCGGCUGCUCAACGGAGCUGCAACGAGCAGUUUGAUUCGUGCCAAAAGAUCGCGAAUACAGACCCAUCGGCGUCCUUCUCGCUGCAGGAUUGUCAGAACCAGCUGACAAGCUGCAUGUCAGUAUCAACGGUGCAGGCCACGGCGGCUAGCAUCAACCAUCUGGAAUCAGCAAGUGGUACGGAUUCAGGACCGAUAGCUCAGACGACGAUCCCAUAUGAUGAUGAAUUCGACCUUGUGUGUGAUCUAUGA